CCAAUACUUUGGCCACCUCAUGAGAAGAGAAGACUCCGUGGAAAAGACCCUGAUGUUGGGAAAUAUUGAGGGCACAAGGAGAAGGGGACGACAGAGGACGAGAUGGUUGGACAGUGUUCUCAAAGCCACCAACACGAGUCUGAACAAACUGCGGGAGGCAGUGGAAGACAGGAGUGCCUGGCGUGCUCUGGUCCAUGGGGUCACGAAGAGUCGGACACGACUAAACAACUAAACAACAACUCUUCCUACUGAUAACCAAUAACAAUAGUCAAACUAGAACUGAAAUGAGAAGCAUUAGUUACAAUGAUUUAACAAUCAUCUCCACGCUACCCACAUAUGUGGAUAAAAGUGCUAUAAAAUCCUCAGGAGCAAUAAAUGUGCUUAAUAGCAGAUAUUGUUGGAAUGCAACAACAUAAAACGCAGUACCCCGAAGGACGAGAUCUGUUGAGAUACUAUUUUGCUCCAGUUUACCUUUGAAGCAGAUUAUGGUGUUCUGUCAGCAGAGGGCUGUCAAUCCUCGUUGAGAGUGGAGAAGCCACUUGUUACCUUGGUGCUCACCUUUCUCUAAAUAAGGUGGUGAAGAUAUAUGAGACUCUUGCUGCACUGUCCCGUGUGUGUGUAUAUAUAUGACUACUGUAUGUCAACUAAAGCUGUGGGGUAGUGGAGCCGGUUAUGUUUGUGCAUGCAUGAAGAAUUAAAAACAAACAGACUUUCCAGGGCUCAGAGGCAGCAGGAAUAACGGAGGCCUGCCAUAAUUACAGCCAUAUUGGGAGUAAUGGCAGCGGCAUGGCUCAGUGGUAGAGCAUCUGCUUUGCAUGCAGAAGAUCGUAGGUUCAAUCCCUGGGAUUCCCUGCUUGAUAUAUUGGGAAGCCACUGCCCAUCACAUGGAGAACCCUGAUGGACCAACCGUCUAACUCAGUACAAGGAAGCUUCUUAUAUUCUUUCAACAGCGUAUAAAAUCGCUUAAUUCUAAGCCUUGUCCUUUAUGAUUGGUAUUUGAUAGCUGCUACAGUUUGCCAGUCCAUCUUUUGCCUUUGCCUGGUUCCUUUUUCAUGCUGUCUUAAUGAGAAGAAGCUUCCAAAUUGCUGCCCACCAAAAUGAUCAUGUUUCUUUUAUUUAUUUUUUAUUUAUUUAUUUUUUCUUCAGUCCUCGGGGAGUGAUUUUUUUUUAAAAAAACAAAAAAACCCCUCAUGAAUCAUGAAAUUCUUCAGGAGAGAUAAAAAGAAUAGCUGUACAAACAUAGUAUUACUAUUUUUUUGUUUACUCUCUCUCCUAUCCUGUCAUUGCUUUUAAAAAGCACUUUCUGCACUUACUAAACUGAUGACCCUGAAAGAAGAAUGCUGCAAUGUCGGUUAUGAAUUUCAGGUUUAGCAAAUAGUAUAAAAGGUUUUGAAUUUGUUCAAAUGAUGUAGAAACCAUUUCUACUCAAGGAGACACAUGACCAUGAUCUGCAGCAAUAUUUCACAUCCCCAACAGCACUGAUAAUCUUUUUAAUAAGCAGGGAUUCUCUGUUUAACAGCUGCAGGAUGAGUCGACACCAGUACUAUGCCUUCUUCCAUCACUACAUUGCCAAGCUGGUGGAAAACCCACCUGUUGACCUCUGCCUGCUAUGCAGAUGUUAAUGGCACAAAGCGUUUGCUAACAGGUGUGUUAAGCCUAAUGUAACUUGCUUUGUCAGGUUACCAUAUUGGGUCAACUGACUCUUGGACCACAAGGCAGAACUUUGUAUGAUGUGCGUGAGUGGUACUCCAUUUAAUAAAAGUUACCAUAAAUGUUUUAGAAUCUAAUGUGCAUUCAUUUGGCCAAUGUGUAGAAAACACAUGUCUAAAGCUGAAUAAGCACUAGCUUUUUCUUGUUUCAAUGUACAUUUUGUUCCCAAUGACUGGCAUCUAUGACCAGUCUGUAUAUAUUUUGCACUCACUGUGUUAAAAGCAUACACACGUUAGAAAUACACGUAUGAUUCUCUGGUGUGGGCUGUCUGCUCCAUCUUAUAAAGUAGGUACGGUAUGUUUGAUGUCAGCAUGACUACCACUCUGGAAACAGAGAGAGAGGAAACUAAAUUCACUGCUGUUUCCUCAGGUUGCAUGUUAUCAUGAUCCCCUUUGUAGGCAACCUGAGAUGUAGCUGAAGUCUUCACCUUUUUCUUGUUCUCAUUAUCUACCACAAAGGUAGACUGACAUGUAUCGAUUAGUCCAAACAGUCAAGUAACAGAUUUUUUUGACUCAAGGAAACUUCCUAAGUUGCAUUCACUGUUUAUUCAAAUAGAACUGGCCCUUUAAGCCAUAUGGACUUUUAAAAUUGUGUUGAUGAUAUAUAUCAUUCUGUUGCUUUUAGAAACUGAAGGCUUUAUGAUGUGGUGGUAUUGUGUGACAGAGUAAGAGACUUGCAGAGUUCUUUUUGUUCCCUCAUUGUUUCCCCCCCUUCUAAUGGUCCUCAGAAGCUCAUUGAGAAGAUGCUGUGGAAAUGACCAGGCUACCCGGGUACUGAGUAUUAAAUGGUCUCUGAAAAUUCUAUUAACUUGUAGUAUGACCUGCAUUGUCUCUGUCCCAUCCCCCACCUUUAUAAAUCUAGUGCCUUUUCCAAUGCCUUACCAAAUGCUUUAUCUUAUGCCAUAAUGCUAGUUUAUGGUUCAUUAUUACUAUAAUGGCUGUUGCUGAGAAGCAGUUUCCAAUACGAAGCAGAUAACUUUAGCCAUCCACUUAUCUGCCUGAGAUUGAGAGAGCCUGGUAACAACAUAGGUUUCUCCAAUACAUCAUUGUGCCUGCACUGCUGUUCGUAGCUGCAGAACACAGCUCUUAUUUCUGGCUAGAAUCUUCUAUCUGCAUAACUGUAAGAGGAGCAGAAUUGUGAACCACCGAGAAGGAAGCUGGAAUGCCCAUUGAUUUUAUAUCACGUCCUGUACCCUCUGCCCAGGAAGAAAGCUUGUUUACAACACCUAGCAAACCUCUCUGCUGAUGCAAUGGAAGACAUAAGUCUUCUCUCUUAUUCGGGCCAAUGGAAGGUGUAGUUUUCUCUGGGAAUCGUUGUUUACUGUUGCAUAUUGAGAUGAAUAUAAAGACGGCAUGGUUGGCAACGCUGAUGGCUUGAAGAAAACCAUCGCCCAUGAGGAAAUAUUAAAUCAGCACCCCAGUCUCAACUGAAGUCAUGGGAUGUGCCACUUCUAUUACAACGAGGCAGGUGAACAAAUCCGAAAGAGCCAUUAAAGCAGCUGUCCUCAUCCAAAGGUGGUAUCGCUCUUAUAUGGCCCGGCUGGAGAUGAGGCGGAGAUAUGCCCUGAGCAUCUUUCAUUCAAUCGAAUAUGCAGAAGAACAAGCACAGCUACAGCUAUCCAAGUUUUUCACAUUCAUGCUGGACCAUUUUACUAAGGCCAAUGAAACUGAUCCAGACGUAAGCUCUAACUUAUUCUCCACCACCAGUGAUCAUACAAUGAGAAAAUAUGAACAGACUAUCGAGGUCCCUGCCUCCUACUAUGGGCCCCACCUUUGUUUCCCCCUCACUGUUGCUGACACUGAUGUUCUUCUUCAGGCUUUCAAGCACCGACAGCACCUCCACGCCCGAUACGUUCUUCAGCUGCUACACGAGACCAGGAAGGUCCUUCAGCAGAUGCCAAACAUCACACACCUGUCCACCUCUUAUACCAAGGAAAUAACCAUUUGUGGUGAUCUUCAUGGAAAGCUGGAUGACCUUUUGCUGAUUUUCUACAAAAAUGGACUUCCUUCAGAGCAAAACCCCUACAUUUUUAAUGGGGAUUUUGUGGACAGAGGGAAAAAUUCCAUAGAAAUACUCAUAAUCCUGUUUGCCUUUCUACUCGUCUACCCUAACCACUUGCACUUGAACCGAGGGAACCAUGAAGACCAUAUCAUGAAUCUUAGGUAUGGUUUCACAAAAGAAGUUAUGAAGAAGUACGAGCGCUAUGGAACAGCAAUUUUACAUCUUCUGGAAGAUGUCUAUAGCUGGCUUCCUCUUGCAACUAUAAUUGACAGCAAAGUUCUUAUUUUACAUGGAGGGAUAUCGGACACUACUGAUUUGAAUUUCCUUAAUUUAUUUCAGAGAAACAAGCUGAAGUCUGUGCUGAGGCCAGUGAAGUCAAAUGCAGAGACGGUCCAUAAGCCACAUGGAGCUAGUCUUGUAGAAAGCCGUUCCCACCGAACGGAGGCCAUGAAGUCCCUUUCCGGGCAGCACACCUCUCUCAAAGAGGCCACGAGGUCCACAUCAUCACCUAGCAAGAGAAGGCGAUACAGUAGGGAUGUGUCUGAUGUCAAAGAGCAUCUCGGCAACGUCCCUGGCAGAGGCAGUUCUAGUCUCCUUCCGGAGGUGCAAUCUCUUAAGCCUCGCAGUGAUACCACAUCGCACACAUCCUCAGAAUUAACAACAAAGGAGUGGAAGCAAGUGAUGGAUAUUCUCUGGAGUGAUCCGAAACAUCAGAAUGGAUGCACACCAAACAAAUUACGAGGAGGAGGUUGUUACUUCGGACCAGAUGUUACUGCCAGGUUGCUAAGACGUUAUAAUUUGAAAAUGCUCAUCCGGUCUCACGAAUGCAAACAGGAUGGGUAUGAGAUCAUUCAUAAUGGAAAGGUUAUCACUAUUUUUUCUGCUUCAAACUACUAUGCAGAGGGAAGUAAUCGCGGUGCUUACAUCAAACUAAACCCAGAUCUGAUCCCUCGUUUUGUUCAGUAUCAAGUCAGCAAAUCUACACGCAAAGAGACGCUUCAUCAGAGGGUGACUGCAAUUGAGCUGUCUGCUUUGAAGUGCUUGCGAGAGAAACUUUACACACACAAAUCGGAACUGAUUGCUGCUUUUAGACAGUACGAUCCAAAUUGCACAGGGAAGAUUUCUCCCGGUGAGUGGGCUUCAGCAGUGGAGUCUGUCUUAUGUCUCGAUGUCCCCUGGAGAACAUUGCGUUCACGGCUGGUUUACCUGGACCAGGAUGGUAGAGUUGAAUACCUUUCAUAUUUUGACAAUUUUGAAAUCCAACUACCUAUCAAAGAGGUCCAGCCAUUAUUGGUGGAAACCCUGUGUAGAUACAAAGCUGAUCUGAAGAUUAUCUUUAAUAUGAUUGACAAAGAUCAUUCAGGUCUUAUCUCUGUUGAUGAGUUCCGUCAGACAUGGAAGCUCUUCAAUUUGCACCUGAAAAUCAAUGUGGAUGAUGAAUCCAUUGACAGCUUAGCCCAUAGCAUUGAUUUCAACAAAGAUGGUAGCAUUGACUUCAAUGAAUUUCUGGAAGCUUUUAAUGUGGUCCAUAAAUUUGAGAAUAGGCACAAUCACUAAAGAAGCUGAAUUCCUGACAAGCACUGCACAUUUGCUUAAAAUAAAUUGCUGCCUUAAUACUGUUAAGUUCAAUUGAGCAGCAUUCCUAGAAAACAGACUGGCUGGGGAAGGCACUGCUUCAUGAUAUGUAAGCGUAGCUAUAUGGCAGAAUGCUGCUAAUGAGAUGUAUAGGUAGAUAUAAAAAAUAUGGUUAAAACACAUAUAAACCAUGCUGCCCACAAUAACUGCUGUAGUGCCAUAUUGAUAAUCUCAGGGUUACUCUGAUAAUGGUUCCUUUAGGUGGCUUUUUCAUAUGCAGUGUUUUCUCUCUUGUGAAACAUACAAUUGUGUCAGACAAUUUUUUAAAAAUCCAAUCAUGUUUCAGGUUUGAAGAACAGUGUAUGUCUUGCUGGUUAUAGAUCUCUAAUGGGGCAAAACUGAUAUUCCAUGAUCUCAAAAACUAGCAAAAAUUAAGGUGCCCUUUCUGUGUUGUUUCUAGAAAAAGUCCAUUUGCAGCCUCAUUCACUUGGAAAAUCAUAGUUUUGCAUUGUAACUUUCCUGCAGUUUGCAUGAUCUCAGCACUGCUGCUCAUGUGACAAAAAAUGGGGCAGUGUCCCAGCAUACAGUUCUUCUCCAUGAUUUAAAAUUUACUGCAAUGUGGCAGUAUAUUGAUUUAAAAGCUACUGUUUCAUAUUGCAGCAGGUAAGCACAGUGUAAAAGGAAUGUUAGAAAUUGGGACAGAAGUUCUAGCAUUAUAACCAAUAAAAUUCACACUUCUGAAUGCAGCCUUAGUUUUAAAAACAACUGAUAAGAGACAUCUAGGUGUACUAGUAUAAAAUGUCAUCAUCCAAAUGUCAAGGACCAAAUGGAGCGAAAAGCACGCAGACCUAGUGGUGGGAGGAAAUUAUCCGUAAAUAAGAGACAUGGGGGAAUGAUAAAUGGUCUUCAAUGUCUGUAUACUAAUGCACAGAGCAUGGGAAAUAAACAAGAUGAACUUGAGCUCUUGGUACAGCAAACUAAAUAUGACAUAAUAGGCAUCACUGAAACCUGGUGGGAUGAGUCUCAUGACUGGAAUGUAGUAAUAGAGGGAUACAAUCUAUUUAAGAGAAAUAGACCAAACAGGAAAGGAGGAGUAGUAGCUUUAUAUGUCAGGGAUGUGUAUACCUGUGAAGAGAUCCAGGAUUUAAAACUUCAAAGCCAAAUUGAGAGUAUCUGGGUCAAAAUUAAGGGAGAGAAAAAUAACAGUGAUCUC